AUGGAGCUCCCUCAUCUCUCUGUUCAGCAGCUGUCUAAGCUGGCUGAGUCAAAUGUGUCUCCUUCACAGCUAUUCGGUAUCCUAUCGCAAUAUGAAACAGAUGCUCGCCUAGUAUCUGCAGGAUGUGGUAGCCCAGAGACGGGCAGUGCUGAUCCCGAGCUCCUAAGCUUCUUUUAUGCCAGCUUCUUCUUCGCUCAUCUCCUGACUAAACAAAUACCCGAAGCCCGAGCCUUGACUCAGCGAAUGCCUGAGGCCAUACGCCUCCAAGAUCCCUGUCUAAAGAAUUGCUUGAUCCUUUUACGAGCCGUUUGGCAGACACAAAACGCGCAAGUUUAUCAAAUCCUCCGGAAUUUACAGUGGCCUGAGAACCUCCAGCCUUUGGUCCGGAGAUACGAUAGUUUCUUCCAGGACCAAACUUUGAUCAGUGUCAGUACUUCCUAUGAGGCGAUCCGGCUCCCAGCAGCAGCAACCUACCUUGGCCUUGAUCCAGCUGCUGCAGAACAAGAAGAUCCGGCUAUAAUCGAAAAGUUUACUCAGUGUGGGUGGAGAUGGGACCCCGAGACGAAACUACUCCAUCCAACCCCGAUAAUUGUACCUUCCGCCGACCAAAAAGCGACUAACGGCAUUCAUGAUGCAAUGGCAAUGCUGGGAAAUCGUCGAGGUUGA